CCAAGCCAGCUGCUGUAAGAGAUAGCUGACAUGGAUAUUACCACUGGCAUCCAGCGUUAUUGAAAAACAUCAAGCAUCUCGUCAAGGAGAGCCGAAUCCCAGGAGCGUAGGGGAAACUGAUAACUUAUUUGCAUGGACGCCCUCAUGUAAUGUUCAUUUUUUAUCUUAGCAAUGUCCAAAACCAUGAAAAAGAAAAACCACUGGACCAACAAAGUCCACGAGACUGUCCUUUGCAGGAAUAAAGACGGCGAACUGGGCUUUGAGCUGAAAGGAGGCGCCGAGAAUGGGCAGUUCCCCUAUCUCGGGGAGGUGAAGCAAGGCAAGGUGGCCUGCCAGAGCGGAAAGCUGUCCCAGGACGAGCUCCUUCUGGAGGUCAAUGACACGCCGGUGGCCGGACUCACCAUUCGGGAUGUGCUCGCUGUCAUCAAACACUGCAAGGACCCCGUCCGCCUCAAGUGUGUCAAACAAGGGGGCGUCGUUGACAAAGACCUUCGCCACUACCUCAAUCUGCGGUUCCAGAAGGGCUCGGUGGACCACGAACUCCAGCAGAUCAUCCGGGACAACCUCUACCUCCGGACCGUCCCCUGCACAACAAGGCAACCCAAGGAAGGGGAGGUCCCUGGGGUGGAUUAUAACUUUGUGACUGUUGACCGGUUUAUGGAACUAGAGAAGAGUGGAGCCUUGCUAGAGAGUGGAACAUAUGAAGAUAACUAUUACGGCACGCCCAAGCCUCCCGCAGAACCCACCCCCUUGCUGAGUGUGACGGAGCAGCUCCUGCCCGGAGCCCGACCCAGCGCGGAGGGGAAGAGGAAACGCAACAAGUCUGUCAGCAACAUGGAGCGGGCUGGCAUCGAGCCCCCCGAGGAGGAGGAGGAGGAGAGGCCCGUCGUCAACGGCAACGGAGUCGCCAUCACCCCAGAAUCAAGCGAGCAGGAGGACAAAAGCACCGAUGCCUCGGGGGACAUCGCCCCCCAGCCCUGCCCGGCAGAGUCCGCCACCUUCACCCCCACGGAGACAUCCAAGGAGGAAGGGGAGCCCCCAAAAUCUCCCCCCAAACUGGACGAGAACGACGAGCUGGGAUCACUGCCAGAUAACUGGGAGAUGGCCUACACGGAGAAGGGAGAGGUGUACUUCAUUGAUCACAACACCAAGACGACGUCGUGGCUGGACCCGCGUCUGGCGAAAAAGGCGAAGCCUCCGGAAGAAUGCAAAGAGGACGAGCUUCCGUACGGCUGGGAGAAAAUUGACGACCCAAUUUACGGCAGUUACUAUGUUGACCACAUAAACAGAAGAACCCAGUUUGAGAACCCCGUCCUAGAGGCCAAGAGGCGCCUGAAACAGCAGCACCACAUGCAGAGCCAAGGCCUGUCCUCGAUGCCCCUCCCCACUGUAUACAGAGAGAAGCCCCUCUUCACGCGGGAUGCCACGCAGCUGAAGGGGACCUUCCUCUCCACCUCCCUGCAGAAGAGCAACAUGGGCUUUGGCUUCACCAUCAUCGGGGGGGACGAGCCCGACGAGUUCCUGCAGGUGAAGAGCGUCAUCCCCGACGGCCCCGCGGCACAGGACGGGAAGAUGGACACAGGUGACGUCAUCGUCUACAUCAACGACGUCUGCGUUCUGGGCACCACGCACGCCGACGUGGUGAAGCUGUUCCAGUCGGUGCCCAUCGGCCAGAGCGUGACCCUGGUGCUGUGCCGCGGCUACCCGCUGCCCUACGACCCAGAGGACCCGGCCAGCAGCCUGAUCUCCCCCAUGGGGCUGAUGGAGCGUCCCCUGCUGCUCAACGGCAGGAACAACUACGACAACUACAUGGAGUACGUGUCGCGGACGGCUCGUUUCGUGCAGGAGCACGGGGACCAACUCCCUGCCCCCCCCCAACAGCAGCAGCCCCCCCACCCCGGCGACACCCACCUGGAUGGCUCCCUGUCGGCCCCCGCCCCGCACGAGGACAACGUCUCCAUGGCAUCGUCGGGGGCGACGCAGGCGGAGCUCAUGACCCUCACCAUGGUGAAGGGGGUGGACGGCUUCGGCUUCACCAUCGCCGACAGCCCCACAGGGCAGCGGGUCAAGCAGGUUCUGGAGCCCCAGGGCUGCCCGGGCCUGUGCGAGGGAGACCUCAUCGUGGAGAUCAACCAGCAGAGCGCACAGGGACUCAGCCACGCCCAGGUGGUGGACCUCCUCAAGGAGUGCGCCGUGGGCACUGAGACCGCCCUCGUCAUCCAGAGGGGAGGAGCAGGUCAGUUUUCACCCUGGAAGACCUCUAAACAGGUGCUGGAGCAGUGGGACCUCCAGGGCAGCCCCCAGACCAGCCUGUCUGCCCCUGUCCUGCCCCACAGCGCCCCCUACCCAACCCACCACCUGCACAGGGCCUCUGUCCCAGACUCUGCCGAGGGCUUUGAUCUGAGCAAGCCCGACCCCUAUGAUCUCUAUGAGAAGUCCAGGGCUAUCUAUGAGAGUAGGCAGCCAGGCCCACCGAAGACCAGCUUUCGAAUGGAUUCUACUGGGCUGGAGUACCAGGAGCUGGAGGUGCACCUGCGCAGGCAGAAGUCCGGGUUUGGGUUUCGCAUCCUGGGGGGAGACGAGGCGGGACAGCCUAUCCUGAUUGGGGCGAUCAUCGAGAAGAGUCCGGCGGACCGCGACGGGAGGCUUCGGCCCGGGGACGAGCUGGUGUCGGUGGACGGCAUUCCUGUGGCGGGGAAGACGCACAGAUACGUCAUCGACCUGAUGCACGCCGCCGCCCGCAACGGCCAGGUCACCAUGACGGUGAGGAGGAGAGUCCAGCCCACAGGUGAGCCGUGUCCUGAGAAUGGCCGGAGUCCUGGCUCUGUGUCCACACAGCACAGCUCUCCAAGGAGUGACUUUGCAUCGGGCACGUUUCCCAGCAACCCCAGCAGUGCCCCGCCCCCUGCAAUGGGCUCCUCCCCCCCGGAGGGCUUUGUCUCCCACAGCUUGCAGACUAGUGAUGUCAUCAUCCACCGCAAGGAGAACGAGGGCUUCGGGUUCGUCAUCAUCAGCUCCCUAAACCGACCAGAGACCAGCUCAACUAUCACUGUGCCCCAUAAGAUCGGCCGCAUCAUCGAGGGCAGCCCAGCCGACCGCUGCGGGAAGCUGAAGGUUGGGGACCGCAUCCUGGCGGUGAACAGCCAGUCCAUCAUCAGCAUGCCCCACGCCGACAUCGUCAAACUCAUCAAGGACGCCGGCCUCAGUGUCACCCUGCGCAUCGUCCCCCAGGAAGAACUCAACAGCCCUCCUUCAGCAGCUAGCUCGGAGAAGCAGAGUCCGAUGGCCCAGCAGCAUAGCCCUGUGGCCCAGCCCAGCCCGGUCACUCAGCCCAGCCCCGUCACCCAGCCCGGGACAGUCACCCAGCAGAGCCCAGUCACCCAGAUCACCGCAACGCCUGCCCCCCCGCCCCAGCUCUACAGCCACGACAGCAGCUACAGGUCAGAGGUUAAAGCGCGGCAGGAUGUGAAACCGGAUAUCCGCCAGCCUCCGUUCACGGAUUACCGACAGCCUCCUGUGGAUUAUAGACACCCCCCUGUAGCAGACUACCGACAGCCCCCCACACUGGACUACCGGCACCCGCCUCUGAUGGACUACAGGCAACACUCCCCCGAUGCACGGCAGUUCCCAAUACCAGACUACAGGCAGCCGCAGGACUUUGACUACUUCACGGUGGAGCUGGAGAAGAGCAUGAAGGGGUUCGGCUUCAGUAUCCGGGGAGGGAGGGAGUACAAGAUGGACCUGUUCAUCCUGCGCCUGGCAGAGGAUGGGCCCGCCAUCCGCAACGGGAGGAUGAGGGUGGGGGACCAGAUCAUCGAGAUCAACGGGGAGAGCACAAGGGACAUGACCCACGCCCGAGCCAUCGAGCUGAUCAAAUCAGGGGGGCGCAGAGUGCGAUUGCUGCUGAAGAGGGGGACAGGCCAGGUCCCGGAGUAUGACAGCCCCACCCCCUGGGAUGCUCGCCCUACAGCCUCCCCAAGCCUGUCGGAAGUAGCCCCGCCCCUCGACACUCUUCUGACCAUGCCAUCACCAUCAUCCCAUCCGGCCCCGCCCCCUGACCCCCCUCACCCGCUCUCCCCGGAGGCGGCGCUGGAGAGCAGGGCGGAGCAUUGCCAGAGCCCCAGGAAGGAGCAGGCCGGCGCGGCCGAGCACCGCAGGAGCGGGAGGGGAAAACACAGAGAGGGUGGCCGGUCCACCCAGCGCGGCGGCGGAGCGAAGGAAAAGGGCGUCCCAGAGGGCGCAGGGGUGCAGAGCGAGCACCCCGGGGAGCCCAGACCCUCCAAAACCGCCAGGGGGAGGUCCAAGGAGAGGACGGGCGGAGAGAGCAGCGCCGUAUCCUCCAGGGAGAAGAGGGAAUCGGCACGGUCUCCGAGGGGCGCCAAGGCCGCAAGCGCCAGCUUGAAUGUGAAUGGAGGCGCCCAGAGCAAUGGCGGCAACCCGGACAGCAGCAGGGCCUACCCAGGUGAGCUCUGCCCCAGGGACACGGAGAGGGCAUCCGGCGAGGGUCGCCCCGCUAGCACCACCACCAAGAGCACCAGCAGCAGCGUCCCAGCGGCCCGAAAGGCCACUGUCUCCCCCGGGCCCUGGAAGAUUCCCGGGUCUGACAAGCUGCCCAGCACCCUGCGGUCCGGGGCCUCCACUGUGAGCAGAUAACGCUGUAAACGCCACCGCAGAACAGGGCAGCCCAGGCCUGCUCAGGCCCGCCUCCACCCCACACCACGUCACCCGCCACCACCAGACGCAAGCGGAAGUACUUCAUGGUGGUUCUACAGAAAAAAAAAAAUCAUUUUUUAUUUAUAUUGUUUUUUUUAAAUUAUUUUAAGAUAUUACACCCACCACCUUAAAAAACUGGAAGCAUCCACCUCAAAAAUCAGAAACAAAAACAAUGUGUGUAGCAAGAUGGGGGUCUUUAUGGGACAUUCAGCCCAAACAGAGGAACUUCACCUGAAAGUGGAGAGCUGUGUUGCCGUGGUGAUCCCUGACCAAUCACUACUGGCUGCUCUGACAGCCAAUCAGCAGCCCCUCAGUGAACAAAACCAAUGUACCACUGACAGUAUGCCAAGACUGGUUGUCACAGCAGUUAUAUGUAAUGGGAUUUAUUUUAUGAAAAACAGGAAUGUUGAAGGGGUUUGUCUGACACAAACUUUUGUCUCCAAGCAAGAGAAUGAAACAGCAAAAUAUGUACAAAAGAGGAUAUUCAUCAAGAUACUCUGCCUUAAAUAAAACUGUACUGAGA